GAAUUGAACAAUUGAACAGUCUCAGUUCGCAGCUGAAAUCGGAAAUAAGCGACGAAAGCAGCAGUGCGAGCAAAAAUCAAGUAAUAAUAAUCAUCAAUAAGCAGCUGUUUGCAUUAGCGUGUUUUGAAGCUUAACAAUGAGAUUGGUCAUCUUGGAAACCAGCGACUCGGUGGGCAAGUGGGCGGCCAAAUAUGUGAUGAAACGCAUCAAUGACUUUCAGCCGAAUGCCGACAGAUACUUUGUUUUGGGCCUGCCCACGGGAUCCACGCCAUUGGGAAUGUACAAAGAACUAAUCGAGUUUCACAAGCAGGGCAAGGUAUCCUUUCAGUUCGUGAAAACCUUCAAUAUGGAUGAGUAUGUGGGACUGGCCAGAGAUCACCAUGAGAGCUAUCACUACUUCAUGUGGAACAAUUUCUUCAAACACAUCGACAUUGAGCCCAAGAAUGUGCACAUUUUGGAUGGCAAUGCAGCUGAUCUGGUGGCCGAGUGCAAUAAGUUCGAGGAUCAGAUCCGCGAAGCUGGAGGAGUGGAGCUGUUCAUCGGUGGCAUUGGACCCGAUGGCCAUAUUGCCUUCAAUGAGCCCGGCUCCUCGUUGGUGUCCCGAACGCGGGUGAAAACUCUGGCGCAGGAUACACUGGAAGCGAAUGCUCGGUUCUUUGAGAACGACAUGAGCAAGGUGCCCAAACAGGCAUUAACCGUGGGUGUUGGCACUGUGAUGGACUCCAAGGAGGUGAUGAUCCUCAUCACUGGAGCUCACAAGGCAUUUGCCCUGUACAAGGCGAUCGAGGAGGGUGUGAAUCACAUGUGGACCGUCAGUGCCUUCCAGCAGCAUAAAAAUACCCUGAUGAUCUGCGACGAGGAUGCCACUUUGGAGCUGAGAGUUAAGACCGUCAAAUACUUCAAGGGCAUUCUCAGAGAUCUAGACGAAGGCUCCCCACUGGAGGGCUACAUAAACUGAUAUUGCGUAAAAGCCUGAUGGACGUCCAUUCCAAGCUGAUAGAGCAACAAAAGACGACGUAACCCCAGAUUCCCCAGGGCAUAAUAAAGAUCUGGAUUCCAUCGUUACCAGCAUUAUAGUUUGUCAAAUCGAAAUGAAACGAAUUUUUAUACAAUACAUAUAUUUUUAAACGUUAUCGCUUUAAAUUUUUUUAAA